UUUUCGCCAUAGAACAACGGCCAGAAUGAGUGGCUUCGGCACGAAGGGGCAACCGAGCCAGAUUAGAACUGCAGGAGGCAGAUCCUCUCCCGCAGGCGCAAGCUUGGUGUCGAUAAGUCGAUUGGCUGGCGAGCCCUGCGCGAAGCGGCACCGGGAAAGCGCUGCAGCCACACUGGCUUGCAAGGACGACGCAUGAACCAUGCACCAGACUGGUUGAAGCUAUCCGAGCGAAGGCCGGGGGAAAAGGGACGGCGGUGAGAUGCGGCGCCGCCCUACUCCGUUCCUGUCUGCUCCGGCCCCAUCGAGGAGGCCUGGAAGGAAUGAGGGAGGGGCACGGGACGAGAGGACCGAGGGGGAUGGAUACAAUGGGUGAAGCUGGGGAGAGGGGACAAAAAAAAGCGGUGAGAUACCCGUGCAGCGCCAUCGUGGGCCCCGUGGCCGCGGGGGGGCCUCCGGGGGAGACGCACCGCGGGAGACUGCGCGGCCUCCGCCAUUGGGCGGCUGGGUGCUCCGGAGCAUCCGCGGCGUUGUGUGCGCGGGGCCAGGCACCACGGCCAGAAGAACCAAAAACGGCAUAUCAUGCACAGAACCUUCUCGGAGCUCCGCGCGGAUGUCUUAGAUCGGCGCUGGACACCCCCCUCCCUGGCGCGCGGAGCGCGCCACGGGCGGCGCCGGAGGCGCCGCCAGAGGGGUCCCGGUGCCGAUCCCAAGGCAUCUGCGCGGACCUCCGAGAACUAGGGCAACUAUCUUCGCGCUUCGCGCUCCUCGAAACGCGAUUCUUUUCGCGCUUUUUCGCGCCGCUACACCUGGGAGCAGGAUGAGGGACUCGCGCCUCGCUCUGAAAUCGUCCAGACCGCGCACCGUUGUGCUGGCCCUGGCCCUAGGAGAAAAUGUGUUUGUGCAUGUUUUUGAUCUUCUGGUGGCGGCCGAGGUGGGCGGUAUCCACCGGGGCCGUAGGCGACCCGAGGAGGGGAGGGCGAGGAGGGCGAGGAGGGCGAGGAGGAGGAGGAGCAGCAGAAGGAGGAGGAG